GAGCGCGCAGCGACUUCACAUUUCUCCCUGCUUCUCCUCUCUCAUUACCAUUCCAGAUCUGAUCAGAGCCCAGCCCAGCAACCCCUCCCACCCCCUCCCCCACCUACGCGCGCUUUCGUGCGGAGGGGUCCCGCAGCGAGUGCUUUCUCCGAGCGCUGGCGCCUCGCUCGCGCAGCUCUGGAAAGUGGUUUGACAGACGGACGGACGCGCGCUGAGAACGGGAGCCCACCGGCGAAAAACAAGGCACGAACACGACAGAGAACAUGAUCACCGUGGCGCUGGCCGUACUGGUGGUGGUGGUCGCGGCACGCGGGCAAGGUUCUUUCAUGGAAGGAAAGAUGGCGGUCACUCAGAGAGGAGGCUCGCCGGAGGCAGAAAACAUACAGAACGCGUUCCACAGCACCCAGGACACGGACAGAGAAUUGCCCCUGGUCACUACUGCCCCACCGUUUGCUGGCCUCAACCACCACCCUCCGUUCAAGGCCUUUCCUCGGCCUGACUCGCACCGUCAAGGUCAGCAGGAAUUUGAAGACAGAUUGAGGGUGGAGCCUCAUCUCUUCAUGGGCCCAUCAACUCAGCUGGUUCCUCAUGAAGAUGCAGCACCAUUCUCUGAUGUAGCUGCCACCAGCCCCACCACAGCCUCUCUUACUAUACCCCCUGUCACGUCCACUGCUGGUCAGCAGCAAGCUGGGAGCAUGCAGCUGAGUGGAGAGAAGAUCCAGAGGAGUAGCUUUGAAGAGCCAUCUGCAGCUCUGACCACAGAGUCACUGACUACCACCGUCAUGCCCACUUCUGCGCCACCACCCUGCCACACGGCCCCUGAAAAGCGGCCGGGUCAUGUCGACAUGGCAACAGCACAAGAGCCCCAGGCUGUAACUACCCUGGUAACAAGAGAAGAAGAGGAAACACCAAAGACCAGGGCACAACAUGACACUGAUGCCACCACAGUGUCUAGAGAUCCGGAUGACGAGACCACCACAACCACUAUUAUCACCACCACCAUUAUUACUACCAUGCAGACACCAGUGCCGUGCAGCACUAAUUUCACAGCGCCAGGGGGCUACAUAGAGACCCCACCGCCCAGCAGCUGGUACUACUCGAAUGUUGACUGCACCUACACUGUGACUGUCUACAUGGGCUAUGGAGUGGAGAUUCAGGUGAUGAAUGUCAGUUUGGCUGAAGGAGACUCGGUCAGGUUUGAAGAUCUGGGUGGACGUGAGCCGUCUGUGCUGGCCAACGAGUCCAUCCUGAUGAAAGGCCUGGUGGUCCGAAGCUACAGCAAUCAGAUCUCCAUUCAUUUCCACAGCCAGCAGCCUCGGCCCGGCUCUUUCCUGCUGCGCUACCAAGCAUUUGUGUUGAGCUGUAACUUCCCCGAGCGGCCGGCCUAUGGGGACGUAUCUGUGAGCAGUCUGCAUGCAGGAGGAGAGGCAUACUUCUACUGCUUUACUGGCUACCAGCUGCAGGGCCCCUCCACUCUCACCUGCCGAAAUGCUAGCACUCCUUUCUGGAGUGGAAAAGAGCCCCAGUGUGUGGCGGCCUGUGGUGGAAUGGUGAAGAAUGCCACUCUCGGCCGCAUCGUGUCCCCUGGUUUCCCUAGCAACUACAGCAACAACCUGACCUGCCACUGGGUGCUGGAGGCUGCAGAGGGCCAGCGGCUGCAUGUGCACUUUGAGAAGGUGGCCCUCGCUGAGGACGACGACAGGUUACUGAUCAAAAAUGGAAACAACAUAGACUCAGCCACGCUCUACGAUUCAUAUGAAGUGGAAUAUCUACCUAACGAGGGCAUUGUGAGCUCCACCAGACAUCUUUUCAUCGAGUUCACCACCGAUGGCUCAGGCACCAACACGGGAGCAGCCAUCAGAUAUGAAGCUUUUGCGCCAGGGCAUUGUUACGAGCCUUUUGUGAAGUAUGGAAACUUCACUAGCAGUGACAGCAGCUACGCUGUGAGUACAGUGGUGGAGUUCAGCUGUGACCCCGGAUACACUCUGGAGCAGGGCUCCGUCAUCAUUGAGUGUAUGGACGCCAACAACCCGCAGUGGAAUGAGACUGAACCUGCCUGCAGAGCGGUGUGCAGUGGGGAGAUCACUGACUCAGCUGGAGUUGUGCUGUCUCCUAACUGGCCAGAAGCCUACGAUAAGGGCCAGGACUGCAUCUGGGGCAUCCAUGUGGAGGAGGACAAGCGGAUCAUGCUGGACAUCCAAGUCCUCCACAUGGGAAAGAAUGACCUGCUGACCUUCUAUGAUGGAGACGACCUGACGGCUAAGAUACUCGGCCAGUACAGCGGCUCUCGACCACGCUUCAAGCUCUACACAUCCACAGCUGAUGUCACCAUCCAGUUCCAGUCUGACCCGGCCACCAACAUUUACGGUUACAACAACGGCUUUGUGGUGCACUUUUUUGAGGUCCCUCGUAAUGACACGUGUCCAGAGCUUCCAGAGAUCACUAAUGGCUGGAAGACCACGUCUCAUCCUGAGCUGGUGCAUGGUACAGUGGUCACCUAUCAGUGUUAUCCAGGCUUCGAAGUGGUGGGCACUGAAAUGCUGAUGUGCCAGUGGGACCUGACCUGGAGUGGAGACCUGCCCACCUGCGAGAGAGUGCUGUCAUGCCCAGACCCCGGCACGGUGGAACACAGCCGCAGGGUAAUGUCUGGCCCUCGGCUCAUCGUGGGCUCCACAGUGCAGUACAUCUGUAACAAGGGCUACUCACUGUCUGGCAACAGCCUCCUCUCCUGCUAUCAUCACGACUCAACUGGCCCUAAGUGGAGUGAGAAACUCCCCAAAUGCGUCCCUGAUACGUAUGAACCAUGUAGGAAUCCUGGCACCCCAGCGUUUGGUGUUCAGGUGUCAGAGAAGCAGUUCUAUCAGGCUGGAGAGACGCUGCGGUUUUCUUGUCUAAGUGGCUACAAGCUGUUUGGGGAGGCCACCAUCCGCUGCGUCCCCAGCCACCCUUCCAAAUGGAGCCACCCCCCUCCAGUCUGCAAAGCAGCAGCACUGGAGUAUGUAAAUGAACGCAGACUUGAUGUUGCCAGGACAGAUUUCAGCAUGGAGGGAGUCAACAUGGCCAUCGCCAUCUUCAUUCCUGUGGCUAUAAUCAUGUUAAUCGUCAUGUCAAUAUACUUCUACUUUUCAAAGGUGCAGGGAAAGUCUCUGCGAUUGCCCAUGUCAGCAUCACCACAGUACGAUCAGAUCAGAGGGGAAUCGGCCUUUGAAAACCCCAUCUACGAGACUGCAAACAGUGAGGACACAAGAGAGUAUGAAGUCUCCAUUUAGCCACACUGCUGAUAUCCACCCUGAGGGCCUCAAGCCCUUCUUUGCCUUGUGGAAGUUCCCCCAGCACCUCUCCUCUCUUCUGUGACCUCCUCUGAUCUUCUCUGAUCUCCUCCAAUCUUCAUCUUGACCUCAUCACCCUCGUACUGUUCUUUCCUGCUCUGCUGUAAAUAUCCUGAUCAUCAGAGAACUUCCACAAGCACUGCAAAGAGCGUGGAGAACAUGAUCUUAUUUUUGUAGAGAUUAAAUAGCAGUGGCCUAGCAGCAGUGCUUGUACAGUUUUUAUCCAGUGAUGGAGCCUACAGAAUGAAAUAAAACAACUGGAAAUCGAAAGACACUCUCAUCCAGUCAGUUGAUGUCUCGCUAUAUAAGGAUUUUUUUUUUAUUUAUUUGGUUGUUAUUAUUAUUAUUUAUUUAAAUGUUCCAGUCUUGUUGCUUCACAACUACAGAGAGGCUGUGAUGAAACUUGUAGAACAGGAGAAAAUGUUUUUUCAUUUGUGAAAAUGAAAAUGGGUCAGUCGAAAUCUGAUCAUGAUGUGGAAAUAUUAUUUUGGAAAAAAAAACUCAUCAAAUUGAUUUACUGUAUGUCUAACAUGCACACUUUUGGCAAAUAAACAUAUGCAUGUUUUAUAAUUUC